GCUGCCUUUGAUUUUCAAUAGCUUUAUUGACAACUUUAUCAGAAAAGGUUCUUACAAGGUUACUAGAGUUGCAUCCGCCCUUCGGAGAAGCGUAUUUCCGGUUCCGUUCUGCUGGAAAAUCUCCCCUAAAGCAGUGUGAUUUUGCAGAUAUGGGCCACGGGCAUGAACACCAUGGACAUGACAAGAUACACCUGCCAGAUUACAGGAUUUGGAAAAUAGACGGGACACCAUUGGAAGAUGUACAAAAGAGGCUUGCCAAAAAGGGACUGAGAGAUCCAUGGCUGAGAAAUGAAGCUUGGAGGUAUAUGGGAGAGUUUGCUAAACCAGUUACCAUAAGCCAAGUUAUCUUCAAAGGAUUUAGAUGGGGAUUUGCUGCUUUUGUUGUGGCAUUGGGUGUAGAAUAUGCUUUCUUUUCUCCUAAGAAAAACGGCGGUCAUCAUUGAACAAGAGUGCAAGGAAUCACAUGCUGGAUGUUAAUAAAUCUGUAAUUUGCAAAGAAACUUUAUUAAACUUCUGUUCUAAAUCAGA